AUUACUAUUAGGGGGUUGAUAAUUUUUUCUUCAAAUUUAGGGGGUAUCACAAUCCAUUUUGUUACAUUUUGAGAAAAAAUAGUCUUUCGAAAGACGUGUUGGUUGUAGCGUUAUCACUAUCAUACCAUUAUGAUAUGAUGUAUUAUCUUUUUCAUUUUAAAUAAUUAAAAAAACUCACAAAAUAUGAUGUAUUAUCUUUUUCUACAUUUUGAGAAAAUAAAAAUAAGGCAAAAUAUGUGUGUUCGGUUAUCAUAUCAUUGUUGUACCAUGAUACUAUCACUAUGCUAAUAUAAUGAUAUGAUCAUGGUAAGAUGACGUAAAUUUUUUUCCUACAAAUAAAUGAAAAAGAAUAUCAUCUUGUGGAGCACAAACAUGGACAUGAGUUGACGGGGAUAUGUCCUUCUCAUCAAGAGGUUAUGUUGCACAUGGCAUAAGUCUCAAGAGGUCUGUGAUCAUGACUCGAGUGUCAGAAGAGGUCCAUGGGUGAGAGCAAGAAGUAUGUGGCCGCAAGACAAGAGGACCAUGGGCAUGAAGGGAAAGGGCCACGAGUGUGUCACAAGAAGUCCAUGGCCGGAAGCGCGACGACCACAGGCUCUUCACACUAGAAUGACAUGACAUAUAGUGAAGCAAGCUAUACUCUAGGACUCACAAUGGUUUUAGAGAAGCACUAAGGUGGUUGAGGGAGCAACAACCACUCACACCAUUUUGGAAAACAAAUCAAUCACGUCCAAUAAAGAAGAGACCGGUUCUUCAUAACAAUUAUAAAUCAUAUGCUUCUCCACCCAUGCCUAUAAAUGAGAGGGGAGUUUAAUAAAGACCAGGGUUCCCAAAUCAAUACCCUACAUCAAAUUUUAUCUUUUCUUAGAGAAUCUAGUCAUAGAUGUAGUUUGGAGCUUUUGCUAAACCACUACAGGAGUAUAAGUAACUUAACUUAGUUUCUUUCCCAAAAACCAUCAAUGAAACUCGUUCGAACUUAGUUUGAAGAUAUGUGAUUCGUGUCAUUGUAAUUGUUGUUCAAGAAGUCAGAUGCGUUUAGGUCAAAUCAACAUUAGUUUUCCCAAUAGAAAACAAGUUGACACACUUAGUGGAACCUUGUGUUUAAUUUGAUCGAUGCACAACAGAAAAAGGAGAUGAUCCUCUUCAAGAAUUUGAGGUUCGGUGCAAUGAUCAUGUCUCUCGAAAACCCUCCUAGUUGCGCCCAUCGGCCCAGUGUCACCGCAACUAUGGGUAACGUUCUACCUCCUCUAAGCUCCUCCUUCUUUUCUUAUUCUCCUCAUCCUCCAUAAGACAACUACUACUCUCCAAAUCCUCUCUCUAGGAUUUAACAAAAUCCAAAGUAUGUUCAAAUGAGGGAAGAAGACCUCUAUUUAUAGAGAUCUGACAUGGAGAAGUUCGUGGAUAACGAAUGGAAGAUAGCAGAUGCAACCUUCUUUUUCAUGCCUUCAACUCGAAACGGUGACAUGUUCGGCUGCUCGGGAGGUGAGAUUACAUGCCGAAUUUUGCGGUCGCAAACAGAAAUUCUCUGCCUUUAUAUCCUCAUGGUCACCAUUGUGAAGGAUCACGAGGUCGACCAUGAUAUCUUCUGUUCUCUUUGUCUGCAACCUCUCCUAGAUUGCAUCUCAAGCGAUCAGAAAUGGUUGCCGUGAACAUGCAGGGGACAUCAUCUCAUCUUGUCCUCCAUCUUCAUGGUCGUGAACUUGCACCAUGGCUAUGAUCCUUCUUUUGACACUUUUUGCAUACUUAUCAUACACUUGUUCUUGGAUUCUUGAUAAUAACACUUAAAACCUGAA